GCCUUUUUUUUUUUCUUCUUCUUCUUCUUUGUCUUCUUUCCACUUUCUGUCACCAUGGAAGCAUUAUUGGAAUUAUUUUGCGCGCCUUCGAUACCAUCUGUGAAUGUCACUGAACUUAAAAAGGCCAACUUUGCGCAAUUACUGGAAAAAACAAUGAUAUCAUCCUCUGAAAUCAUGAAUACUGGAUCAUUGAGAAAGGAAGUAUCAAACUAUAUGACCAAUAGUUUAAACAACAAAUCACAUAGCGUUAGUAAUACACGACGUACAGUUCAACAAAUCUUGGAUGCAGCCAUCAAUACAAGACAUAAUGAAAAAGAGAAAAAUGUGUUGAGAUGGGUACAAUUUUGUGUGGAUACUUGUCUAAGUCAACAAGUUGGUGCCACCACAGCGAACAACUCCGAUCAAGUGAAGCCAACAAAGAAGAAACAGGAAAAAAAGAAGGAAAAAGAGGAUGAUGAUGAUGCAGAUUCUAUUGGUUAUCAUGUUAUUGGGGCUUCAGAUGAUGAUUAUGUUCCUUCUGAUUCUAUUGAUGAUGAUGAUGAUCAACAAGUUCCAUCAUCUCCUCCAGCAAAAAAGAAAACAGAGAAGGAUGACAAGAAAAAGAAACCUACCACCACCAAAAAAAAGAAAGAAGAAGAUCAACCUCCUUUUAUUCAACCUAAUGCCGGUGCCAAAGCUGUAGUUUCUUAUUUUUCUUCUUCUCAUCCUGUGGCUGCUUCAGAAAAAAAUGGUUUAGCAUCUGGUCAUUUUAUCAAAUCCUAUUUCUUUCCAUCCAAAGAAAGUUUCAAUGCUUUUACAUCUGUAUUAAAUUCUGCUCAAAAAACCAUUGAUGUAUGUGUAUUCUCUUUAACGGAUGAUGAUGUUGCCGAUGUUUUAAUUGCUGCCAAGAAAAGAAAUGUUACUAUUCGUAUCAUCACUGAUAAUCAACAAGCAGCAGGUGUGGGUGCUGAUGCUGAAAGAUUACAAAAAGAUCAUGGUAUUCCUUAUAAGACUGAUCAUACUACUGGAUAUAUGCAUAACAAAUUUGCAGUGGUGGAUUCAAAAACGUUGAUCAAUGGAAGCUUUAAUUGGUCAAAAGGUGCUCGUUUUAAGAAUAGAGAAAACAUCAUCAUCACUAAUCUUCCCUAUUGUAUUCAAGAAUUUCAAGCACAAUUUGAUGCUCUUUGGGAAGAGUUUUAAAUAAACAUGUAGAACUAUGAUAUAUAAAAAGAAAAAAAUCUCUCACCUUUCUUUGGUCCCGAGUUUAAAAAAAAGGGGUGGCUUUUGUAGUGUUCACUUUCCGAUGCCGGAGUCGACAGAAAAUUUUUUUCAAUAAAGCGACAUUUUCCUUUUUUCCUUUUUCUUUCCUUUUUUUACCUUUUUUUUUUUUU